AUGUUGUCUGGAGAACGAAAAAAAUCGUUCACAUCUUGGCGGUCCAUCAAUAGCGACGGUGAUGGUAAUCAGUUGAUCAUCUCUGUUCAUCCCGAUGAUAAACUGAAAUUUCUAGUUGAGCGAAGAAAGCAAAGCUCUUGUAAUCUAAACGUUUUCAAUAACACAGAACACUGUGUUGCGUUCAAGAUUAAAACCACAAACCCUAAGAAGUACAUUGCAAAUCCCAAGUCUGGUGUUAUACAGGCUCGGCACUCAUGUGUCAUCAGACUCACCCAGCAAGUCAUCGUUAAAUAUCCUCUAACUGGGGAGUGCAAAGACAAAUACCUCAUACAGACUACAAUAGUGCCUCCAAAUUAUGCUGCUGAUGAGCUUCCGAAAGAUACUUUUGCCAAGGAAAGUGGAAGGAGAAUAGAGGAGUGCAAGCUUCCAGUUGUGUAUAUCAUUCCUCCAGAUUUGGGUCACCAGGAACAUGAUAUAUGGAGCUUGCUAAGAGAUAGUGUCAAAGAUGGCAAAAUACCGGUAACUGAACCAAGCCCAGACCGUGACCUGACGGUGACUUUGUUGCAGCAGUGA